UAUCAUUCACUGUAGCGCAAGACGCCCAAGGCCUUGUUGAUUAAAGGUCAAGGGUGUAUCCCACUCGGCCACUUCCCUGAAAGCGACGAUAGCCACCGCGUGACGACACAGGGACAGGUUUAUUGCUUGCCAUAGGCCCGACUCGCAGCUUCUUGUAUAGAGCGCACAUUUCGCCUCCUGCACUGUUUCCAACCUCGCGACACGGGCACCAGAUAUCACCAUGAGCGCAACGAAUACCGCAGCCGCAGCCCCUCCGCAGCCCAACCCGCCCGCAUCCGUCGCACCCGCAUCGAGCGCAACCAAGUCCACCGACGAUGGCAGCAUCCUGAGCAAGGGAAAGAAGCUCCUAGGCCUAGGCAAGAAGAAGGAUCUGGAGGCCGGUAAACAGCCAACAGAGAGCGCAUCAACCACGACGACACCGACACUGCUUCCCUCGCCCCCAAUGUCACCGCCCGAGCAACGAGCAUCGCCGCGAGGAAGCCCGCGCAUGCUGCCCAUUGGCGCAUCUCCUGGUCGGCGCAUCCGCUCUACAUCGCCCGGCCUUCACAGUCCUGCAUCGUCGCUCAUUUUCGAGCGCAAUGUACAAGAGCCCGAACCCUCAGCCGACGUGCCUGCCCACAUCAAGACGGAAGACCACAUACCCCCCGCGCUGGAUGCGACGUCCCUGGCCAUUACCGACAAUCACCUCAACCCUGACGAGGUGGAGAUUAUAACACACACGGCGCAUCAGCCAGCCGCAGUCGCAGUUGCAGGCAGCAUAACCGACUCACUGCACUCGCCGCUCCUCCCUCACACAGAAUCUGUGGCGUCGAGCCAUGCUGACGUGCCAGACUCAGCACCGGGAUACGGCUCGCUGGACACGGCGGACCCGCGGCGCUUGAGCUUCAUUUCAUUCGCAGAUGUGGUGCAGGCAGAGCAUGUUGAGCAUGACAGGCAGGAAGUGCUGGGCGCCACGUCGACGGAGGCUCUGCAAUUUAUGAGCCUCUCGUCGACAGCGAACCGAUCGCCCUCGCCAGUGCGGUCUGCUGCGUCUUCGCCCCCAACCACAAGCGGAGCAGCUUCGCCCAAGCACGCGGAUCUGUCACGCACGCGGUCACCGGCGAGUCCUACGUCGCCUGUCGUGCUCGGCAGCCCACACCCAGCGUCGGGCGAAGAGCUGCCGGUGCAAAUUGAAACGAUGCGACAAGCCCUGCGAAAGACGCACUCGGGCGACCUCAGCGGUGCGCGCUCGCAGCCAUUGAGCGCGGCGAGUGUCGAGGAGAGCGCGGCUGACAAGCCCCCGUUCAAGUGAGGAGGCAGCAUGGACAUGGACAUGGACAUGGACAUGGACUAAUUUGGAUUCGCGUAAUGUUGGGAGGUUAUAGGCAGGCAGUGGGGU